GCCAGCCUGCAUCCGACUUCAUUACCGGCGAGGCAGUCGCGGCGAACAGACGUGCUCCUCGUCGUCGUCGUCCUGGCCCUGCAGCCGCCAGCCGCCCAAGCCCCGCGCCGACAGACUCGCGUCCUGUCAGUCGCUCGCCGGAGCUCGAGCCGUGCGGACGUGCGCCAGUCACUGAACGCGAGUGUGCGUGUGUGUGUGUGAUCAGUGCCCAACUACUUAUUGGAUUACCUCGUCGCCACUUGGAUACCCUCACCGCUCCAUGCGAGCAGUCUCCGACGUCAGCGUCCUCGCCGCAGACACAGCCGCCACCAUGCCUCGCGCAUUCCUCAUCAAGAAGAACUACAGCCACUGCCCGCUCAAGAAGAGGCCGGUGCACUACCAAGAUGACGAGCCCGACGAAGUCGAGCCGGAAAACCUGAGCACCAAGCCCGAGGACCUGCGCGCCAAGCACACGGCGCCCGCCAGCCCCGUAGCCAUCAAGCUGCCCCUGGAACCGCUCGACCUCAACGCGCCCCACGAGGCCGCGCCCGCGCUCUACCCGCCCGCGCCCGCCGCCUGGCCGCACCACUACCCCUACCUGCCGUUCGCCUACCCCUACCCCGCCGAGGUGUACCACCACCCGCACUACCCGGCAGUGCUGUACCCGGCGGCGCCCAGGUCGCCGCCCCUGCAGCACCUCAUGCACCCGCUGCCUUCGCCGCCCUUCAGGGACGGCGCCAUCUCACCGCCCGCCCACGUCGGCUUCAGCGCCGCCUGCCUGCCCAGGACGGCCGCCCCGCCCGCCGGCCUGUCGCCCACCUCGUCGACGUCCUCGCACCACUCGUCGUCCGGCUUCCAGGUGUACUCUCCGCCGCCCACCACCCCCGAGGACCUGUCCUCCCCCGGCAGCGUGGCCUCGUCGGGGUCCCUGGGCAGCGCGGGCACCGGGCCCGGCCUCGUGGGCACCGCCCUCGCCGCCAAGAAGCACCGCGCCCCCAGCUCGUCGUCCGGGUCCUCGAGCACGUCGCCGAGGUACCAGUGCCCCGACUGCAACAAGAGCUACUCCACCUACUCGGGGCUCAGCAAGCACCAGCAGUUCCACUGCGUGCACAGCGAGACGUCCUCGGCGCAGAAGUCGUUCGGCUGCAAGCACUGCGACAAGGUGUACGUGUCGCUGGGCGCCCUCAAGAUGCACAUCCGGACGCACACCCUGCCCUGCAAGUGCCCGCUGUGCGGCAAGGCCUUCUCGCGGCCGUGGCUGCUCCAGGGCCACAUCCGGACGCACACCGGCGAGAAGCCCUUCUCGUGCCAGCACUGCCGGCGCGCCUUCGCCGACCGCUCCAACCUGCGCGCCCACCUGCAGACGCACGCCGACGUCAAAAAGUACCAGUGCCCCGUCUGCAACAAGACCUUCUCCAGGAUGUCGCUGCUGACCAAGCACACCGACAGCGGCUGCCACUAGGAGGGCCCACGACGCGAUUGAGGAAUUAGCCUCACGCCGGGCCCCGCCCCGCCCCGCCGCGCCACCACGCCCCGCUGGGGUUCCGAUCGACUGCGCCUCCAGUGGAGCGGCUCGCCGCCUGCAGGACGAUAUUUGUGAUUGGGUAUUGUUCUCCGAGGCGGGGCGCGGUUCCUUUCGGCGCGGAAAUGUGUUAAAUUGACGGACAAAGGGGCCAUCUCUUGCUUCCCACGCGGAGCGGUCCCCGCCUGCAUGCGCAGGGUGCCCGAACAUGGGCGGUUCAAGACUGAUUUCUUUCCUUUCUUCUUCUCCUCCUUCUUCUCCUCUUUUCCUCGCGGCCCGUGCGUACUACGGGCUGUGCGCCGCUAGGGUGCUUAGUCUUUGUCGUUUUGUUGAACUGUUAUCAUGCGAUCUCUGUUUUGUAUGCGAUGAAUUAUUUUUUACCUGUUGACUUAUGAGGCGUGUGAAUUAGUUUUUUUUUUUAUUGGCUAGUUUGACAUUUGUGUCUACCGAACGUUCCAAAGACUCUUUUUUUUUUUAAUGUUGAAAACAUGUAAAAUUAGAAGUGAUGUUGUGGAGGAAUCUUUUAGUGCAUUGUGUUAGGUCCUCUCUGAGAUUUGUAGCGUCUGUAAUCAAAGUUCGAGAGUGAUUUUUUAUAAUGAUUAAUCAUCAUGAUUGUAUCCACAAAUCACAGACACUUGUACAUAGAUAAGUGUGUGAAAACAUUAUUUAUAUGUAUUCCUGUUGGUAGAAAGCGAUUUCUACUAGUUGCAAGCUAGUCAUAUGCGAGAGGAGGGGAGCCUCCUGUUUGAGUGUACAAAGUUGUUAUAUGUACAGUGCCUUAAGAAGGAGCGUGCCAGCGCGCCCGAUAUAUUGGAAACAUGUGUUUGAAUGUUAUAUUUAUGAAGAAAAUCUUAAAUUAUAUUGAAAAGCGUCUUGAUAA